GACCCACGUGCAAAAAUUGAAAAAUAUAUAGAUUGCAAAAUGGCACAAAUAUUAAGUGGAAAAGAUGUUUCAGAAGAAAUUAGACAGGGGUUAAAGACUGAGAUAGAGGAAUUAAAAACUACUUAUCCUAGAUUUUGUCCUGGAUUAGCCAUUGUUCAGGUUGGUGACAGAGAUGAUUCUAAUGUGUAUAUUGGUCAAAAGGUCAAGAAUGCUGGAGCUAUAGGGGUUACUGCAAGUCAUAUCAAAUUACCAAGGACAUCAACACAGUCUGAGGUUUUGGAUGCUGUUGAAAGUCUGAAUUCUGAUCCUGCUGUACAUGGAAUGAUUGUUCAGCUCCCUUUAGAUAGUGAAAAUGAAAUAGAUUCCCACCUUGUAACUAAUGCUGUCAGACCAGAAAAAGAUGUUGAUGGAUUACAUCAGAUUAACGCUGGUAAAUUGUCUAGAGGAGAUUUAGAUAGCUGUAUUUUACCAUGUACACCUAAAGGAUGUUUGGAACUCAUCAGAAGAUCAGGAGUGAAAAUUGCUGGUGCCACAGCUGUUGUAGUUGGUAGAAGUAAAAUUGUAGGAUCUCCUAUGGCUGAUUUGUUGAAAUGGAACCAUGCUACUGUAACUGUGUGCCAUUCUAAAACACAAAAUUUACCUGAUAUUGUUAAGACAGCAGAUAUUGUAGUAGUAGGCAUAGGCAGACCACAAAUGGUGAAAGGUGAUUGGAUCAAACAAGGAGCUGUAGUUAUAGACUGUGGUAUCAACUCUAUUCCAGAUGCAACAAAGAAGUCUGGAAAGAGGCUGGUUGGUGAUGUCGAUUUUGAUGAAGUAAAACAAGUAGCAUCAUGGGUCACCCCUGUUCCUGGUGGUGUAGGUCCAAUGACAGUAGCCAUGCUGUUGCAGAAUACUGUAGAACAGGCGAGGAAAAUGGCUGCAAAAUGUGUGGCUGGUAAAUGGAACCUUGAUCUUAACCCAUUGAAGCUUGUUACUCCAGUACCUAGUGACUUGGUCAUAGCCCAGUCCCAGACGCCUAAAAACAUUGAAAUAUUGGCAGAUGAGAUAAGCUUGCUGAAAGAGGAAGUAGAUUAUUAUGGCAAAAAGAAAGCCAAAGUUUCAUUGAAAGUUCUAGACAGAUUACAGAACCAUAAAAAUGGCAAAUAUGUUGUAGUAACAGGGAUUACACCAACACCACUAGGAGAGGGUAAAAGUACUACAACCAUAGGAUUAGCUCAAGCUUUAGGUGCUCAAUCAAAGAAAAAUGUAUUUGCGUGUGUUCGUCAGCCAUCUCAAGGACCUACCUUUGGAAUUAAAGGUGGUGCUGCAGGAGGAGGUUAUUCCCAGGUCAUCCCUAUGGAGGAAUUUAAUCUUCAUCUGACUGGUGAUAUCCAUGCUAUCACAGCAGCCAAUAAUUUGCUAGCUGCUCAGAUUGAGGCUCGCAUGUUUCACGAAAGUACACAAACUGAUGAAGCUUUGUACAAGAGAUUAGUACCAGAUGUCAAAGGACUGAGAACAUUCUCCAAAAUACAACUUGCUAGACUGAAGAAACUAGGAAUAGAAAAAACAGAUGCAAAUAGUUUUACACCAGAAGAAGUAAAAUCCUUUGUUAGAUUGGACAUUGACCCAACAACCAUUACCUGGCAAAGAGUAUUAGAUACCAAUGAUCGUUUCCUAAGAAAAAUCACAGUUGGUCAAGGUCCUCUUGAAAAAGGCCAUACAAGAGAGUGUCAGUUUGAUAUAGCAGUAGCAAGUGAGAUAAUGGCUAUAUUGGCUUUGACCACUGGAUUACGAGACAUGAGAGAAAGGCUAGGUAGAAUGGUAGUAGCCAGUAGUACUAGUGGUGUCCCUGUCACAGCUGAUGAUCUGGGUGUCAGUGGUGCUUUGACUGUGCUGAUGAAGGAUGCUGUCAGACCUAAUCUUAUGCAGACACUUGAGGGAACACCAGUAUUUGUGCACGCAGGGCCAUUUGCAAACAUUGCACAUGGAAAUUCAUCCAUCAUAGCAGAUAAAAUUGGAUUAAAGUUGGUUGGAGAAGAUGGUUUUGUUGUCACUGAAUGCGGGUUUGGUGCAGAUAUUGGUAUGGAGAAGUUCUUCAAUAUAAAAUGUCGAUACUCCAAUUUAAUUCCAAAUGCUGUGGUGCUAGUUGCUACUAUCAGAGCACUGAAAAUGCAUGGAGGUGGACCUACUGUUACAGCAGGAGUACCUUUACCAAAGGAAUAUAUAGAGGAGAACUUAGAUCUCCUGGAGAAAGGUUGUAGUAAUUUGAGAAAACAAAUAGAAAAUGCCAACAAGUUUGGUGUCCCAGUUGUUGUAGCUGUGAAUUCAUUUGCUACAGAUACACCUGCAGAGGUAGCCUUAGUUCAGAAGUUUUCAAGAGAAAAUGGAGCUUUUGAUGCUAUUAAGUGUAGCCACUUUGCACAUGGAGGUCUAGGAGCUGCAGAAUUAGCAGAGGCUGUUAGUAAAGCUACUCAGCAACCUAGUGACUUUAAGUUCCUGUAUAGUGUUGAGAAAUCUAUUGAAGAGAAGAUAGAGACUAUAGCCAAAGAGAUAUAUGGUGCUGAUGGUAUAGAAAUAUUACCAGCAGCUCAAGAACAGAUUGAUAGAUACAAGAAACAGGGAUUUAAUGACUUUCCUAUUUGUAUGGCAAAGACUCACCUGUCACUGUCACAUGAUCCUACAAAGAAAGGAGAACCUAAAGGUUUCACUGUGCCUAUCAGAGAAGUCCGAGCAAGUAUUGGUGCAGGAUUUAUCUAUCCUUUGUUGGGAACAAUGACUACUAUGCCAGGAUUACCCACAAGACCAUGUUUCUACGAUAUUGAUCUUGAUCCAGAAACAGAGGAGAUAGUUGGUCUUUCAUAAAAAUAGAAAAAAAACUGAGAAAAUGAUUGACAUGACAUUACUUCAAUUAUGAAAUAUUAAAAAUCAUGAUGAAAAAUAGAAGUACCUGUAUGCAAAAAUGUAAAAUACUUAUUUUUUUAUUUUUAUAUUACAUGCUGAGAUCAAUCAAGUGUUAAAAGUACCUUUUAUAUAAAUCUGUUGAUUUAAAAAGAAAGCUUUUUAGUGUCUGAUACAGUGAUUUACAGUUAUAUCUACACUUCUGACACCUAUAAAGCUAACAGUUUGUAAAGCAAAACAUAUUUGGAUUUAACUGCAGCAGUUUUAAUGUUGAUAUCUACUUAUUGAUGUGUCAUGAAUUUAUAGUUAUCAACCUACCAGCAAGUUUUUUUUAUCCCUUUCUUGUUGCUGGGUGGUACUUUAAACUCAUUUAUCAGAGGGGCAUAGAUGUGGGUUGUAUAAAGAAAAUCUAAGAUUGAAAUUGUAAUAGAAGUUAGGUAUUGGAUAAAAUGGAAUGACUGGCAGAUUUGUUAUCAAGAGAGGGAUUUAUUCAAAGAUAUAAAGAUUAAAAACAUAUUUUCAACAGCUGUAUUGGACAGUUGUGUCCAGACCAGGCAGAUAAGACUUGGUAAGAAGAAUAUAUGUGUUUUGGAUAGUAUCUCUUAAUAUGAAGUCAAGCAUGAAAUACAAUCAUACUAUUACAAUCACCUUCUAAAAUAUUACUCUUUGGAUUUAUUGUUGGAUAAAUAAGCUUACUCACUUGGGUUCUAUAAAAGUACUCGACAAUUUCUCAAAUGGGUGAAGGAAAUACAGUGCACAUUUAACAUGAAUUAUUGUUGAACUCUAUGUGGAAAUGGGCAUAACUAACUUCGUGAUUCACAAUGGAAAGUGCUACAAUUUACACAUUACAGGGAAAAAAAGUAGAAAAAUGACAUAAUGUCAAAUGUGUUGUGUUAAAACUAUUGUUGUAUUUUUUUCAUGAAUCUGUUUUAAUUCCUAUUAAUCAUGUAUAUGAGAAUUUUUUUUCAGAAGUGCUACCGGCAUGUUUGACAUCAUGCUAAAAUACCCACUUCAAGGGUUACAUUUUAUUCUUAAUAAUGGUGAAAAUAUGUAAUGAAUUAGGAUGAAUAGAAAGAAUGAUGAUUUAUCAUUAUAAUAUAGACAGAAACCCAACAACAAUUAAAAAAAUAUAUGGAGAUCAAGAUUACAAAUAAUGUUGGAUAUAAAUUUUGAAAUUCAUUAGUUUCAGUGAUUAAUGAAGUGUUUUUGACCAAAUUUGAAACAUUUCAAGAUUUUUAUAAUACUACCAGUAUGCAAUUGAUCAUACAUUUAUUGAUUUGUAUGUUUUAGCUCAACAAAACAAGCCUUUAGCUUCUAAGGCCACACAAAAUAAGCCUAUUGCUUCUUAGACCACACAAAAUAAGCCUAUUGCUUCUUAGACAACACAAAAUAAACCUUAAGAUUCUUAUGCUACACAAAAUAAAUGAUAAGCUUCUUAGGCCACACAAAAUUAACCAUUAGCUUCUUAGGCCACACAAAAUAAACCAUUAGUUUCUUUGGCAACACAAAAUAGACCACAAAGUAAACCAUUAGCUUCUUAGGCCACACAAAAUAAACCAUUAGCUUCUUUGGCAACACAAAAUAGACCACAAAAUAAACCAUUAGCUUCUUGGGCAUUAAAGAAUAAACUUUUAGCCUCUUAUGCCACUCAGAACAACCUGUUGGCUUCACAGGCCAGUUGUCACUAUUUCAGAAGAGGCAGGGAAGUAUUUUUUUUUUCACUAAGAAUUAUAUCAGAAUAUCUAACUAAAAAUGGUCCAUGAAGCAGGCUUUGACAGAAGGGUCUAAGAAGCUACAUUUUUUUUAUUUGGUCUUAUCAUGAUAUGUAUAUAAUGUUGAUUUUUUUCUUAAUUUAUUCAUCAAAUUAAUCCUUUCUAGUUGAAAUAAUUAUCAAUAUUACAUUUGUAUAUGGAAAUUUUCAUUUGGUAGCGUUGAUGACUGAAACAAUGAAAUGCCAGUUUCUUUUCAUAUAUAAAACUUAUUUAUAUUAUUUUUAUAUUCUAGAAAGGUGUAGGAUGCUGUAUUAUGAAAUAUGUAUGUGCUGUAAUCAGUAAAUAUAGAUUCCACCACUGCAUCAAGUGUGUUACGAUAUUUCUCCACUCGAGACAUUUAAAUUUAAAUAUUAAAAGCUCAAGGCUUGCCGAGCUUUUUAAAUAAUCAAAACUUAAUUGUUAAGGUGGUACAUAACACUACAGGGAGAUAACUCUGUAAAAAUCAGCUGAACGUUUUAAUCACGUUCUAUUGUUAAUGAAAUAUUAAGCUUCUCAAUGAUCAAAAUUAGUGUUUGUCAAACUGCUAUAUUUCCAAUGAAAUUUUUCCGAUAAAGUGUGUGGUUCAAGUUUUUUGAAAUUAUUAUAUUUUUGUCAAAGGGUCAAAGUAAAUAUUUUGUCAAAAUUUUAUGAAAAUUAAACGAGCCAAAUUAAUUUUUGUCAAGGUGUUUGGUACCACCUUAAGUGUGGAGAAAUAUUGUAACACAGGAGUUAUAGUAGUGGACUCUGUUUCUCUAAUGAUUUUUAGACGAAAUCUUAUGCUUCCUUUUCAAAGAUUUGCAGAAAGUUGUGUUCUUUAUAUGUGACGUCAUCAGGCAUGGUCACCAUUUUUCAUGACGUCACAAUAGGAAAUUCAGAAGAAACCAAGAAAAAUUGACAUGACAAUUGAAUUUCGACUAAUCAUUUGCCGAGAACAAUGUUUUCUCUAGAGAGGAGAAAUAUUUUUCUCACACCGAUCGAGAAAUGUGAAAAAAGCAUGAAAAUUAGAGAAUACAUGUUAAUUCAUUGUUUUGAUAGUUUGUCAAUUAUGUUUUUUUGUAUGUUAUCAGUUUUGAUUAAUCUUAUAUAUAUUUAUGUUUACAACACAAGUGCCAUCAUUCAAUUAAAGAUUUAAAACUAAAAA